UGUCCGUAAAUCCAUGUUCGGUGUCGCGAGGAGAGACCACAAAUAUUUUAAGGAGGGCGUUGAUUCUUUUUUUUCUGUGCUGAAAGGUCUUGUUAAAGUAGUAAAUGUUAAGGUUAAUGUAUCUAUCUUGUUCCCCACGCUACAGUAUAUCAGGCAGAGAGCUUAGAUCUUUCACGACAUACAGUAGCGGAUCGCGGAAAAGGGUGUCAACUUAUCCAGAGGAAAACGCGCACGAAAGAUACAGAUUUCCUCAUUCAAACCAAUUUGACUAAAGUGGUUUUGCAGACUGAGUAGCCCCACUGGAUAGUAUUCUGGCGUGAGCUGGAAGCCUGGCCUCUCUGAUCAGCACAUGCCCCAUUCAACCAAGCUAUGGGUCAGAGGAUCACCUCUCCGGGCAGUGCAGUCUUGGUGGAUAAGUACAGCACCAACCCCACGCAAGCUUUCACCCACUACGACAAUAAGCAUGGCCGCUUCAAGCCACCACAUGUUAAGUUGGUGGAGCCCACCCCCUAUGAUGCCCCCAAGCCUGCAGGUCACACUCGUUUUGUUUGCGUCUCGGACACACACUCAAGGACAGAUGGGAUCCAGAUGCCGUACGGUGAUGUCCUGCUCCACACGGGCGACUUCACAGAGCUGGGCCUGCCAUCCGAGGUGAAGAAGUUUAAUGACUGGCUAGGUAGUUUACCAUAUGAGACCAAGGUUGUCAUCGCUGGGAACCAUGAACUGACCUUCGAUAAGGACUUUAUGAUGAAGAUGGCCAUGCAGAAUGAUGUACGCUUUACAAAGUUGAGGCUUGAGGACUGUGAAAAUGUGGAGUCCCUGCUCACAAACUGUAUUUACCUCCAAGACUCAGACAUCACUGUCAAGGGAUUCAGGAUAUAUGGUACACCUUGGACCCCCUGGUUUUGCAACUGGGGCUUUAACUUACCCCGCGGCAAGGCUCUGCUGGACAAGUGGAACCAGAUCCCUGAUGACAUCGACAUCCUCAUGACACACGGCCCACCCCUGGGCUUUGGGGACUCUAUAUACAGGGCUAAGGAGAGGGUAGGCUGUGUGGACCUUCUCAACACGGUGCAGAGGAGAGUUCGUCCCAAGCUGCAUGCAUUCGGCCACAUACAUGAGGCAUAUGGUGUCAUGACGGAUGGCAACACAACGUUUAUCAACUCCUCUGCCUGCACACUCAUGUAUGAGCCUACCAACCCCCCUGUUGUGUUCGACCUUCCCAGUCCACAAAGCACCUGAGAUGCCACCGCCCGGUCUUUGGUCUACAUGAUGAACACACAGAACCUUGUUCUGGCAGGUGACCAGUAAAACCCAAAAUGGAAACCAUCGCUAAGUUGGCUGACGAUACAGUAGUCCUGGCUUGGGCCUCACCUCUACUCGAACAACGCUGAGACUGCCUUUUUUGGAGUGGGGGGAGAAGCUGACUGCCUGGUGUCGGGCAAACUGUCUCCAGCCGAAACCAAAGAGCUAAUUGUAGACCUCAGAAUGAGGCAACAACAGUAUGUUUUGUUAGUCACCAUGAAGUAAAAAUUUCACAAGAACUGUUGAAAUAUCAAUGUGUAGCUAUUACCUUGUUUGCAUAUCACCAUUAAGAAUCCAUAAAGAUAAAAGCACCAUGCUGUGUGCCACUAUAUCAUAUUAAUAUUAAUGUAACUUCCCACCAAUGUAACAAAUGGCUGAUUUAGUGAAAUGAUGACCAUCUAAACCAAUCUUCAUCUUAAAAUAAUUAUGUUGGAUAAAUGAAUUGUUCAUUAAAUAAUCAUAUGUUAGUUCAAUUCAACAGUUCAGUUAUUUGUAGGUUUCAGGAAACCUCUCAGCAAAAAGAAAUGAAAGUGGUUCUUCAGAGAGAAUAAUGUUCUACAAUCUGAGAAUAAUCUGUUAAUUACCAUGUACAAUGUAAAAGAGAUGUAAUCUCCUACCUAUUAAAAUAGACCAGGGUGUGUGUGUCGGGGG